ACAGUUUCAACAGCUUCACUUGAAAAUGCAAUUCUGAAAAAAACGGAUUUUAAAGUCUCUUUUGCAGCAAGGAAAAUCCAGCUGCUGCUUUUGAAAUGAAGAGUGGGACUUUGAUGCUGAUCAAGGCAGCAAUUUUCCUAGCCUUUGUUGCUGCUUCAUCAUCAGCACAAGAUGCUUCAGUGUCACAACGUGGUGAAACAGACGUCAUCAGUGGUUUCCCAUCAAGUGACAAAAUUCUAGUGCCAUCAAAUCUUAACCAACAUUUCCAUAUCCCAGCCAGUCCCCAGGACUUGGUGGCAUCUGCUGGAGGUCACUCCAAGGGCUUCAAAAAGAAGAAGUCACACAAGAAGAAAGGAGGACACAAAAAAAAGAAAUCCCACAAGAAGAAAAAAGGACACAAGAAGAAGAAGUAUGGAAAGCAUGCCAAGAAGAAGAAGAAGGGCUCCAAGAAAAAGUAUGGCAAGAAGAAGAAAGCUCAUAAAAAAUCAGCCAAAAAGUAUGGAAAAAAGAAGAAGGGCCACAAAAAGAAAAAGUCUUCCAAAAAGGGAUCCAAGGGAAUGCAUAAAAAGGGACACAAAAAGAAGGGCUUCAAAAAAGUCUACAAAAAGGUUGAAUCAGGACAUGUGAAGAAGUACUAUGAUAAAAAGAAGAAGAAGAAGCACCACAACAAAAAGAAGGCUGCAAAGAAGUACUCAAAGGGAAAGAAAGGAAAGAAAUACAAGAAAGCAAAGAAGAAGUCUGGAAAGAAGGGCAGCUCACACAAGAAAAAAAAGGCUCACAAGAAGGGCUCCCACAAGAAGAAGAAGGGAGGGAAAUCCUCAAAAUAUGGCAAGAAAUCAUCAAAGAAGAAGCACAAGAAGCAUGGAAAGAAGAAGAAGUCUGGAAAGAAAAAGAAGAAGGGUGGCUCAUCAUCUGGGUCAGGUUCUGGGUCAGGCUGGAGUCAGAAUAUUCUGGGAGAGGAACUGAUAUAG